AUGGCAUCUCAUGUUGAGUCUGUCAAGAUCGAUCUGCCGACCUUGCCAGCCAAGCAUGAUGAAUUCAUUCCCUACCUCCAGAGCCAACACAGUCGGCCGGUUCGCGAAGUGCUCGAGCCUUUCAAAGCUUAUGAUGCAGAACUAAGAAAGAUCUUUGCGCAACAACCUGACCAUCCUGCAGCCCAGCAACCCAACAUUCUUCCAUUGUUUGCCGGUCAUGAACAAGAGGUCAAGGUUCGAGCCCGUGACCUUGCUGCAGAAAGCGUGCAGGAGAAAGAAUUCUACAUCAUGCCUUUGAAAGAUGAGCAGCGUCGUGCAGAUGGGUCGCCUGCCAUCGUAUCGACUAUUGGUGAUUUCCGCAAGAAUUUCAACGUAUUUUCCGAGUCAGCUCUUGUCGAUUUGGAUUGGUCCAAUGUGGUCGUUGCAGGUUCUGCAGUCGUGACUCCAUUGCUUGCUGUGCCCGCACAGCACGCAGAGUCCAAGAGGACGCUUCGGGAAUACUAUCACGAGAAGCUCGCACCGGCGUCAGACGUCGACCUCUUCCUCUAUGGAUUGACCGAAGAGCAAGCCAAGGAGAAGAUCAUACAGAUCGAGCAGAAUAUUCGCGAUGCCAUUCUCACCGAGACCACCACCAUUCGUACUAAGAACGCCAUCACGAUCGCGAGCCAGUAUCCCACGCGCCACAUUCAGAUCGUGCUACGUAUCUAUAAUUCUGUGUCAGAAAUAUUAACGGGCUUCGACGUGGACUGCAGCUGUGCCGCGUAUGAUGGUAAGCAGGUCUAUGCGAGUCCUCGUGCGAUAGCAGCGUACAUUACACAGACGAACGUCAUUGAUCUCUCUCGUCGCUCGCCCUCAUACGAGAAUCGUUUAUCAAAAUAUGCGCAUCGUGGCUUCGAGAUCUAUUGGCCCCACCUGGACCGAACAAAAGUCGAUCCGACAAUCUUCGAGCGAUCUUUCGGCCGCACAGAAGGUCUGGCUCGCCUACUAGUGUUGGAGAAGCUCCCAAAGAGUGAUGACCGCGACGCCUACAUGGACCAGCGUCGUGCAGAGCGAGGGCGACCAAUAAUCCAACGUUGGUUAGUCAACCGACACAAGAUGCGCGGCAACAUUAAAGACCAAUGGCAGGAUGAAGUCGCCGAGUGGGUUGACCAAGAGGAGGUAUCGAACUAUCACACUUUCACCGUACCCUACGGUCCAAAAUUUCACGCCAAGAAGAUUGAAAAGCUUCUGUACACGAAGGAUAUUCUCCUCAACGCAGAAUGGAAUACUCCGAAAAACAGGGACGUGCAUCUGCAUCGCCAUCCAGCCUUUUUCGGUCGAGCGAUUGAUGUCUUCGGUGACUGUUGCGGGACUUGCCCCAAGCCGAGUACCGUUGAGGAGGACGAAGUCGCCGAAGAAGAGAACAAGAUCUAUAUCAACGGUGACAUCCGUUUCAUCAGAGAUGACCCUGGUCGACAGACCAUUGGAUCCUUCAACCCAUUAUCCGCGGAAGACUGGACUGACAUGGCAUACGUUGGAAACACCGCUCGUCUAUGCCAGGCUAUCGUCGAUGGCGAUGCAGAGUACGUGCGCACUUGGCUGGAACAGGAUGGGAAUGAGCCCAAUACUCGCGACUACACAGGACGAACACCACUGCAUCUCGCAGUGGCAGAGUCAACACCGGAAGUGGUUCAAAUCUUGAUCGAUCAUGGGGCAAGACUCAUCGCUCGCCUCGUCGAUGGCAGAACAGCUCUUCACCUGGCUGCUCUACGAGGCAAUGUGGAGAUGGUCAAGGCACUUCUGCAGAAGAGUGAGGCAAAUGAGGAGAUCAACGAGGAGAAAAUUUCCGCGCGCAGGGCUGCACAUGAUGAAGAUGAGGAAGAUGAUGAAGAAGACGCUGACAUCGAUAUGAUCGAGGAAGACGAAGCUGAUGAGGAUGACGAUAUGGAUGCAACUACGGAGCAUUCUAUGAUCAAAAUCAAACAAGUAACACCCGAUGCCGACGACAGAGCGCUUCAAAGCGACGAGGAUAACGACGAGCCGGACGUCUACGAUAUCAAUAUCCUAGCAUGGGACUCCGCUGCAUCGCCGCUACACCUUGCCAUUGUCAACGGCCAUGUUGAUGUGGUAAAGUGCUUGAUUCAGGAAUUCGGAGCUGAUGUCCUAUUGCCUAUCAAGCUCGUCGACGGUUACGACAAGUCGCCGAAGGCCGCCAUCUUGACCCUAGUCCUGGCGCUUCAGCUGCCAUUCGCGAAAGCUGAGGAAAUGACGAGAGCCUUGCUUCAGUCUGGAGCAACUACAGCACAGGCCGACCUGACUGGGAAUACUGUCCUCAGCUAUGCUGUAGUGGAACAGCCAGCUAUGAUUGAUGUUCUUCUGGACGCCGACAAGGCAGGAGUCGACCGGGCCGUCAAUGCAUUCGCAUCACCCUAUAACCGAUGGACCUUCAGCUUCCAAAAUGCUUUUCUUCACGCCAUCGAAGCCAAAGACAGCUUGACCGCGCUAAAGCUGCUGAGCUGUGGUGCAAAACCCUAUGUGGAUAUCGUUGAAUGUAUGAAGUACUACGAGUCAAAGGAAGACCUUGAUAGCUGGCAGCGAAACAAACCGAGGUCUGACUUUGAGCGACAAAUCGACCAGCCAAUCAUCUGCGCCGUUCAUGAAGAGCUUCCCUCGCUUGUUCGCAUAUUGCUGGAGUUUCACGGAAUCGAUGUCAACACCUUAUCAAGAGAAGGUUUCGCCGCGGUUACAGCCGGCCAGAACAAUCGCGACAGAGGCGAAAGUCUGCUCGACGUUGUUCGAGCAAAAAUUAAGGCACUCAAGGAAUGGAAGCAUGAACCCGAGAAGAUCGACGCUCCUUUUGCUCUUGGAAAUGACGAGCAAUAUCUGUCAGGUCACAAAGCGGGAUCGUACGCCCAUUGGUCGGUUCGCCAACAAAUUUCCGAUGGCAAGAAGGAAUACGAGCGAGCAAAGGAAACAUUCGAUGAGAGAAAUGCAAGCAUCAACGAUCAGACAGGCGUCAAAGAAAAGCAAGCUGUCAUCGCUUCGAUGCUGCAAGAAUUUGAAGACAUCGAAUCGCUGCUGAAGGCGAAAGGUGCUAAGACGUUUGCGGAAUUGCAUCCUGAUAUUCCCCUUGGUUCAAACGACAUCUGGAAUCCAGGAUAUCAACCCUGGAAGCCUGAAGCGCCGAAACCUUUCAAAGUCUGCUUCAAAUUUGGGAGCACUUCGAUUGAACAAGAGUGGACCGAAACAGCAGAGCGUUUUCUGCGACUCUUCGAGGCUUCCUGGGAUGGUGAUAUUCACCUCGUCAAGGAAUUGACCUUAUCAACCUGGAAGAACUCCGAUGGCGAAGAGCAGCCACCUCUGAAAAUCGCGACAGGAGAUCAAUCUAAUUUCACCCCAUUCUCCCUCGCCGUUCUGCGCGGGCAUCUCCAACUUGCGACAGUCAUCAUGGAAAUCGCACAGGCUCAGUAUGUUCCUGAAGAUGCGCCCGUCAAGAAACAUUACAGGCUCGAUGGCGGUGUGCGUGAAUACUGGUCUGAAGACAGUGACGGUUCUGAAGUUGGCGGCGAUGACGAAAUCCGGCUUUACAGUGAGCUCGUGGAUCAACAAUUUACCAUCGAGACCAUCGGUCAAGUCUCCACCCAGGUGAAGAGCAAAGUCAAGCCGUUGACUCUCCUGGAAAAGGCCUUCCCAGCUCAUAAAUUCAUCGAUAUUCCUCCUAGUCCCACUGCCCCAACACCGGAACCGUGUAAAGAAUCUGGCUCUAAUCCGUGGAGUCUCAUCCAAUAUGCUUUGCACAAGGAAGAUAUCACGUUGCUUCGCUAUUUGCUUCAACUGGGCGAGCAGUACCUCAGGACCGAGUCACAGAACGACGACGAUGGACCCAAGACAUUCUACACCAUAUCUGAUAAUGACUAUUCUAAUGCUAUCCUUGUUGACAAGCCUCAGAUCAUGGCCGAGAUCAUCACCCGUACGGGCGUUGGCCUCUCCUUUGAGCGCUUGGCGAAAGAUUCUGGUGUAAAGCCCAAGGAUAAACCAAAAACCUAUCUAGGCCUCUCUGUCUACGGCAAGAAACGCAAAGCCUGGGCAGAAGCUGGACGACGCAGUAUGCGACAAGAUAACAUCGAUGAUCCGACACCGCCGUUGCUUCACGCUUGUCAUGUUUCAGCACUCGCCAAUAUCGAGUGGUUCUCAAGUGAUGCCCCCAUCCGGUGUUACCAAGAGUUUGCAACGAAACACGAAGAAGACAAACGUAUCAAGCUGCUCGCUGAAGCUCCAGGUGGCUUUACUGCAACAGUGCAGAGGUUUCUCGACGCUCGGUCUCAUCUUGCGCUACACUGCUGCGUGCUGGGUUUGAAAGAAGGACCUCACUCAGCGCGGGUGCUUCGAUACUUGAUCAAGGUCAUGCCGGACAACAUUGACACAAAGUCGUCAAACGGGAGGACUGCAUUGAGCAUCGCCUUCCAGUUGAAGCAUUUCGAACUUGCCAAGAUCCUGAUCGAAGCUGGGGCAGACCAGACAUGUCGCGAUGUAGAAGGUCGGAAUCUCUUACAUCACGUUCUAGCACUGAACAUGAAGAAGGAAGAAUGGGAGAUUGUGCUCCCCAAAGUUUUCGAACUGCUCGACGCUCGUCUGCUGCCGACCCUCUUUGCCGAGCGCACCUCUGCUGGAUGCGGUACGCACUCCCCACUGUCGCUUUGGACCUGCAGGUUUGCAGAGGCCAAGGAGUUCAACUCUGCACGAUCCUGGGUUCUAGAAUAUCUUUUGAGAUUUUCCGAAGCCAGCACCACGCUCAACUUCGUGGACGGCGCUGGCCACACACCACUCCACAAUGCAGUACAGAAGUCGGAUUGGGACAUCGCACGGAUUAUCCUCGGCAACAACCCUGGUCUCCUGCUUCGCGAAGACUCCACCGGAAGGACGCCUUUGGAGAUCGUCGAAGACCAGGAGAUCGGCAAAAUCGUCGGCAACCCUGUCCCACUCGGCUCGGACUGGAACCGCCGCAAUCGCACCGCCAGGGCCCGCGGUCUACCAAGCGAUUGGGGAAGCGACCUUGUUGAACAAUCCCCAAAGAGCUUUGUUCCCGCCGAGGAAGGAGAUGAUCCCGAAUCGGGCGAGAGCGAUCGUCUGAAGACAUUGCGUCUAUUGCGAGAGACCUUUGCUGAGUUACAGCGUCAAGGACAGGCCAAGAGGAAACUUGUCACGCUCAACGAAGCAAACGAAGUUGCGAGGAGGUUGGCAGCCACUAAAGCUGGGUCCAAACCCGCACAGGAGGAGAACGAUCCAAAUGAAGACGAUGGUGACGAAGACAAGAAAAAGUCGCCCGUUCCGAAAGAUGAAGUCGAACUUUGGCUUUGUUGA